GGACGUCACUCCUACGCAGUAACUUAACGGACGGACAGCUCCGCUUUCAACAACUCGCCUUAACUGAUCUCGAUCAGUCUGCGCAACGUUGCACGAAGUCGAGCACACUUUGACAUCUCAUAGAUAGCAAAUCCUGAAGAUCAACUUCACAUCAGAAAUCAUGAGGAUAACUUCUGUGUGUCUGAUACUAGGGCUGAUGCUGAUGGCGACCACGAAAUCUGAAGCUCAACAGGACAAUGGGAGGCCGUUGGCAGCUCCAGUCCCUGCUGCGUCCUGCUGUUUCUCCUUCAUUGGCUUUCCAAUUCCAGUGAAUAAAGUUAAAAGUGCUGAGAGAACAAGCUCAUUUUGCUCAAACAAAGCUGUUGUGGUUACAACUGUAAAAGGCAACAUGUUUUGUGUGAAACCCGAUGAGACCUGGCUUCAGAAAAUAACAAUAGACUAAUGUAACUGAAGCUUCAGCCAUUACAAAUGCAAAUUUGAAUCAUAGUUUCAUUGCUUAAUACCUUAUAUCUGUUCUUUCUUACUAAAUACAUUUUUGCCCUUCUUUGCUUUAAUAGAAGAUUAUGAAAAACCACUUAAAAUGUUUAACCGCCGUUAAAAAGACAAAAGAUGUUGGUAUUAGCAUAACAUGUUUAUUAAUGUAAAGUUAGGCAGAAAGAAUAACAGACAGUAAAUCAACUGAAGAUUUAAAACCGUAUACAUAUACAAAUAACAUUAAGAAAAAAUAUUUAGAGAAAAAGAAAUCAUUUUCAGGAUAUUCAGGUCUAUGUUUGGUGUACAGUGGUUUAAGUAAAAUAAAGUAGGCCUAGUUUUCUUACUGUUUAACUACACAACUGUGCAUACACAACUGCACAACUAUAUGAGAAUGUUAUCAGUGUUUUGGACCAUACCAGUUUAUAUUUCUUCUUAAGACCUAAUAUAUUUAUAGUAAAAGGAAAAAAAGUUUAAUCUUAAUUUCAUGGGGGCUUUAAUAUUGUAUACAUUACACAUUUUAGACAGUAACAUUAGCUCAGUGUAGUUUUUGAUACGCUUUAGUUAUGAUUUGAACUAAUGUUGGCCUAAUCUCUUUCUUGUUUAUUUUGCUUGUUAUUCAGAAAUAAAAGGACUCUGUUCUUGUUGA